AUGUCUCCCAUUGCUGAAUCGAACACCAUGGAUUCGAUCAAAGAUCUCAAAAAGGAGAGAAAGGAGAAGAAGGAAAAGAAAGAUACCAAGAAGAGAAAGUCCAGUGCCAUUACUGAACAACCGGCUUCCACAGAGUCAAUGGAUAUCGAUUCUGAAGUGACCGGUGCUGACGAAACCACUACAAGCGAUUCCAAGAAGAAGCGAUCGAAGAAGGAAAAGAAAGAGAAGAAAGAAGAACCAAUUGAGGGAUCGGAGGAAGCAACUCCUGUUACAGAAACUCAAGAAGAAGUCACCGAAACAAAUGAGGAUGAGCCAUCCGAAGAACCACCUACCAAAAAACGCAAAUCCUCCGUUGAUGAAAUCGAAGUCGACAUCACCCUCCCAGAACCCCCUUCCAAAAAAGACCUCCGUCGUCUAAAGAAAGGCAAACCCCUCCCACCUUCCAAAAAUGGCGCAGAAACCUCUCCCGAACCUGAAGCCAAGAAGAAAGCCGAAGUUGAAAAGCGUUCGGGCCACGGUGUAUGGAUUGGAAAUUUACCAUGGAGUGUGUCAAGAGAAGAAUUACGCCAAUGGCUUGUGGAGCUCUCGGAUCUUACAGAGGAGAAUAUCACCAGAGUGCAUAUGCCUGGUCCUAAUGAUGGAAAGCCUGCGAAUCAAGUGGAGAAGAAGUUUGGAAAGCCCGUUCAUAAUAAGGGAUUUUCUUAUGUCGAUUUCGCAACAGAGGAACAUGUUAAGCUGGCAGUUGAGUUAUCCGAGCAAUUGCUCAUGGGUCGAAGACUUCUCAUCAAAGACAACAAAUCUUUCGAAGGUCGACCGGAAAAGAAGGAAGCUGUAAUUGAUGGUAAACCACCCAGCAAGAAGAUAUUUAUCGGCAAUCUACGAUUCGACGCCACUGAAGAGGUCCUCAAGGAACAUUUCGAGAAAUGUGGAGCCAUUGAAAAGAUCCACAUUGCAACAUUUGAAGAUUCAGGAAAGUGCAAAGGUUACGCCUGGGUUGUUUUUGAAGAAGUAUCUGCUGCGCAGAGUGCAGUCAAAGGUUGGGUUCAUAUUGAAGAUGAGGUAUCUGACGAUGAAUCCUCAUCCUCCAGCGAUUCAGACUCCGACGCUGAUUCCGACGACGAAACCACAACAAAGGCUGAGAAACACAAGAGACCUAAGCCUAAGACGAGAAAGUGGUGGGUAAACAAGAUUCAAGGCCGACCUCUACGCAUGGAAUUUGCAGAAGAUGAUCAAUUGCGAUAUAAGAAACGAUAUGGCAAGGACGGAUCGAAGAACCCCAACGAAAGACAUCCACGCGAGGAGCGUGAGGAGCGUGGAGAGCGUGGAGAGCGUACCGGUGCUGGUGGGGCUAAUGAUGAACCGGUUGUACCAAGGGUUGCAGGGGAGAGAAGAGAGAGACCUAUUAAGAAGGUUGAGUACAGACAGGCUUAUGCGCCACGUUUGACAGGUGGUAUUGUGGAGAGUGAGGGUAAGAAAACUAGUUUCGAGUAG